UAUAAAAUUCAAUGAAAGGAAAUGGGCGUUUCUGGAGUUCAGCCCACAAAAGGAGUAGAAGCGCAUGAUAGACCUGGAUAAACGCUGGUCUACAUAACAUUUUCCUUCUGAACUUGGAUUACUUUUGGUGCUGUUUUGCAGUAUGGCAUCCCUCCUGAUAUUUAUCACUCUACUACAUCUUACCAUACUGACAGUUUUAUUUAUUGCCACCAUGGAGAAGUUCUGGUGGGUUUGGGACAAUAAUGCGCGCUCAGACCUGUGGCACAACUGCAGAUUUGACAAUGAAACAAAGGAUUGGCUCUGUGAUUCAUCAAAUGAGACUGAGUGGCUUCAUGCUGUUCAGGUUCUGAUGAUUCUGGCCGUGAUCUUCUCCUCCAUUUCAUUUCUCAUAUUUCUGGCUCAACUCUUCACCAUGUCUAAAGGAGGACUCUUCUACUUCACUGGUGUCUGUCAGGCAUUUGCAGGUCUCAACGAUUUUACCGCCGCACUUAUUUACACUCUGCACUAUAAAGAAAUCCUUAAGGGCUCCAGGGAUUUGAGCUCAGGACACUUUGGGUAUUGCUUUAUCUUGGCCUGGGUUUGUGCACCUUUGCUGCUGUGCAGUGGAAUUAUGUAUAUCCAUCUGCGGAAAAGGGAAUAGAGGAUUUGUUUCCCCAAUGCCAUUGUUAUUAAAACUUCAGUGAGCGAUUAUAAACCUUAUAUGAACUCCAUGUAAACUAACAAAUAAAACAUUUUUUCACUUUUUAGACUGUAAAUAGCCAAAAAUAUUUAAUGCUGAAAUACUUACACAACACAGAUCAUGCACAGAACUUGUUUAACUAAUAUAUUAGAAUAGUUGAAUUAAAUGUCAUUUAAUGAAAUGGGCCACUGAUACUCUCAUACAUUACAGUGAAAUCCAAAAUUAUUAAGAUAAUGUAUAUAAAUAAAGCUGAGUAACUUCUAGAUUAAUAUCUCAAUACAAGUUGUCCUUAGUAAUGUGCCCAAACCAGAUCAAAAAAACGACUAUUACUCCUAAAUCUUUAAAAUACGCAGGAACUCAACCACAAUAGGGUUGUACGGUAUACCGGUAUACCUUGAUAUUCACUUGUACGUUUAUCAUACCAUUAACAUUUGCUUAUACACGGUUUUGGCAAAAAUAAAGCAGAUCUCACCUGCGCUACUACGCACAUGCAACUUCAUUCGGCGUGACAGCUAGACUCCACUCGUAGCAGAGAAAAUGUAAGAGACUACAAUUUCUAUCCUCUAUCCCCUACCAGAAAAAGUUCAAAUCUACAGUAUGGAAAUACUUUGGGUAUAUGAAAAACGAACACGGGGUUGUCCGUGAAGAUGGAUAUCCAGUUUGCAAGAAAUAUAGACAAAGAGUGGCUGCAGAGGCACUAAAGCCCAUUUAAGUGAUUUAUAUUACAGAUCAAUUUAAGUUGAUUAUACUUAGGCCAUAUAAUAAAAACUUUACAUUUCACAUAUGACGAUGUGAACAAAUUAAUAUAUCCAGAGCAGCUCUGAAAAAAUGUAAUGAGUAUUUUAUAAUUUUAUUUAAAAGAAUAUAUUUAAAAGAAUCAAAAAUGGUUAAGAAUCAAAGUUUACUUUUUUCGAAAGUGUAUUUUAUCCCCAAAAAGUGUAAAUGUAAUAAACCAUAUGUUCAACCCAAAACCCCUAUCUGUUUUUUAUUAAUUUAAGGGUCAUUGUAGCUAAUGAUAAAUAAUAAUAAUAAUACUAAUAAUAAUAAUAAUAAGUGUUUAAUACAGGCAAACCGCGAAAGUUUCUGAUA